GGCAUUUCUAUUGCAAGCAAUAUCACUGAGAUAUGAUUCUGGUCAGAGAACUUAUUUUGUGUGGGUGUUUUCUUGCAUCUGUUUCAUGUUCACACUACUCUGCCAAAAUGCCCCAAACCUUGGAAACAAUCAAUGGCUCCUGCGUUUUGAUUCCAUGCUCCUUCACCACCAAGGAAUCAGUGGUGACUGGUCCCGCCACGGGGGUGUGGAGAAAAGGGUCCCAGUGGUUUAAAGACAGUGUUGAUGUGUUCAACUCUUCUAAAACCUCAAACAUACUUCGUGGAGAGAUCCUCGGUGACCUUACCCAGAGAAACUGCACCUCAGUUUUGUAUGGUUUCACAAAAGCUUAUGAGGACAAAUAUUUCUUUCGACUGGAGAGCAGUGUGACGCUAACCUUCACUGAGAGUGUUUCAAUCAAAGUCAAUGAUGCGCUCCCUAAACCAUACCUGACCUUGCCGCUGUCCAUUCAGGAGGGCGUCCUGGUCAGUAUGACCUGUGCAAUCUCUUCCCCGUGCCUUCAGGAUCCCCCAACUCUGACAUGGAGCCCACAGCUCAACCACAGCAGGGAGAUCCUGCGGACCAAAGAAGAUGGCACUCCUGAGGUCGUCUCUGAGCUGCGCUUCAUGCCCUCGAGCUGGGACGACGGCCUGAGCGUGAGCUGUGUGGCGACACACCAUGAAGGCGUCACGCCCGUCAGGGAGACUGUGCAGCUGACUGUGCUUUAUGGACCAAAGAAUCUUUCUGUGUCACUUCACGACACUCCACAACUUGAAAUGGGGAGUCCCAUCACAUUGUACUGCCUUGGUGUAUCUAAGCCCCCUAUAGACAAUUAUAGAUGGUUCCGGAACACAAGAGGUUAUCUGGAGGAAAUGGACUGGACAUCCCAGAAUUUCACUUUCAACGUGACUCACAGUGGCAGUGUGUUGUACCACUGUGAGGGAAGAAAUUCUGUUGGGGCAGCCAACUCUUCAGGCCUGGAACUAGAGAUGCCAGUGUCAGCCGGUUUGCAUUUGAAACAAGAAUGGUGGUGGCCGUUAAUAGCUGGUGCCGGCGCUGGAUUUAUCCUUCUUGUUGCUGUCUUAUACAAAAGACAUAAGAAUCUACAGUCAAAGCAGUCGAAGAGAUGGGAGCUUGAUCUUAAGGGGAAAGUGGUGGAUCCUGAUAUUUACAUCAACGUGACGGAAGAGACCCUCCGCAGAGCUGCCGGCCCCUCAGAGCCAGAUGACAGUGUGUAUUGCAACCAGUUCCAACCAGACAGCAGGAAGACGAAAAACUGUGAUUUUUUGUCUGACGCGGAUGAUGCCAUUUAUGCCAACCACUGAUGAUUGACACAAAAUUGCUUGAUGCAUAGCAUGCCUUUUCAGUGGUCUGCAUAAUGUACUGAGCUUAACCCAUGGUAGAGGACAGUAGGGUAAGUUGAACACAUUUGAUCCAGCAUCUGUAUCUCGGAAACCAUACACAAUUCUUCUCGUGACCCUAAAUUAAAAUUGAAUUUUAAUAUUACUGUAGUAUAGCUCUAGGGUGCUAGACUGAGCACGUUUGUGGUGAAAGUUGAACUAGAGCCUUGGGGGUAAGUUGACCUUGAGGUUUCAGAAAUGUAGACAAAUUUAAUAAUGUAAUAUGUGUUUUAUGAAUACCAAUACAAACUAAUUGUGACACUUAAUUACUGAAUAGUGACUAAUAACAUGAGAAUAAUGUUUGUAAAAAAAUGUAGAUUAUUUGUAUUCACAAUCUUUCUGUAAAAUUGUAAUUUAAAUGAAUUUAGAUAGCAAGUUUUCUCAGAUGGGUCAACUUACCACUUAUGUGAUGCAAGUUGAGCCACAAGACCACUUUUUUUAGUUGAGUCAGGCACACUGUGAAGGUUUCAAAUGAUGGCACAUGUGCUAAAUGUGUUGUAUGCAUUUUAUUCCUGACUAUAUACCCUUGACUGUUCAUUCGUUUGAGUAAGAAAAUGGCCCCAGGACAUGAAACUUGAAACUUGAUGGGCAUUUUGCCCUACCAGGCCGAUGAGGAAUAGUAGCUUUUUUAACACACUCACACACACGUAUGACAUUGUAAAGGCACUCUCUACACACCAUACUGUACAUUGCAUGCACAUAGGUACUGCACACACACACACACACACACACACACACACACACACACACACACACGCAUGCACACACAAAAGCACACACACACACACAAACAAACAAACAAACAAACUCACCCACCCACCCAUUGCCCCACUAUGGUAAAGACUUAGACACACCACAAGAAGUAUAUAAUAUGAUGGCAGAAAUUAUUCAGAUCUGGCCAACAUUCUUUUAUUGUUUUGUUGCUGUUGUUGUUGUU